AUGCACAUAACCGGCCACCGUGACGCCCCUCCUGCAAAAGUGGGCGUUGCAGUCACGGAUCUUACCACAGGCCUCUACACAUCCAACUCUAUCCUCGCUUCCCUGAUCCAACGAGGCAUCACCGGUAAAGGCCAAUGGAUCGACGUCUCGCUAUCAGACUGCCAAGUCGCCACCCUCUCCAACCUCGCCUCUUCACACCUCAUCAGCGGAAAACCAGACUCUGGACGCUGGGGCACGGCUCACCCUUCCAUUGUUCCCUACAAAGGCUUUGAGACUCAAGACGGCAGUAUCAUGUUGGGUGGCGGCAACGAUCGACUAUUCGGUGUGCUGUGUGAUCGCCUGCAAAAGAGCGAGUGGAAAGGCGACCCCAAAUUUGUUACCAAUGCAGAUCGAGUCCAAAACAGAGAUUUGCUGGAAGAGCUCAUCACCACAGUCACCAAAACAAAGAGUACGCAGCAGUGGUUGGACGUCUUUGAGGGCAGUGGGAUGCCAUAUGCAGCUGUCAAUGACAUUGCAGGCACCAUGAAGCACGAACAUGGUAAGUACUUCUUCCACCAAUAUCCCACAGCUCCGUUUUUCCUGUGUUUUGCUGACAAACAAUAUCAAUCAGUAUUGGCAAGAGACAUGGUCAAAACUGUCGAGCACCCUACCUGCGGACCCAUCAAACUCGUCAACACGCCAGUCAAGUUUUCGGAAAGUACACCGAGCAUCCGGUCUGCACCGCCGACUUUGGGACAGCAUACGAGUGAGGUCUUGUUGGAGUUGGGGUAUACCGAGAAGCAGGUCCAGGAAUUUAAAAGUCAGGGUGUGGUCUCGUGA